ACAGGCUGACUGGUGACAUUGCUGGAGAAAGUGCCAUCGUAGUUAAUGGUCUUCAUGAAAGGAUUGCAUUAACCCUUAACCGUAUUAACUUCGGACUAGGCCUAGACUUGAAUAUUUGCUGAUACAAAAUGGCUGCAAUGCCAGUAGAAGAAGACCCGCAGCUGACUUUGCUGACGGAAAUUUUUCGACCAUACCUUGUGGAGAACCUGAGGUUCUCGACGAUCGUAUGUCAACUCACUGCAUUUUUUGAUCAACAUGGUUCUGCAGGAAUUGUAAACAUUGUUGUAAAGGAACAACAGGAAGGUCCAGAAGCUGCUAUGGAAGCAUUCCUUGAUUGGAUAGCUGAAAAGGCAAUUCCAGGAUCUUACUCUGCUGUCAUAAAUGCCCUCAAACAUAUGGAAGAUGAGAAGGUGAAACACAUAGCUGAUUGGAUUGAGGGAGUCGAUCCGAUGGAGAACAUGGAGCAUAAAAAACAAAUUAUACAUACUUUUGCCCCAGUAUUGAAAAAUAUUCCCACAUCUCAGCUCGUCCGUCAUUUAACAUGUCUCGGACGUCAAGAUAAAGAACUGUUGCAGGCGCAUUGCGAGAACAAGGGUGAUUGUUAUGCAGCGAUAACUCUGAUGUUCCUCAUAACGACAAAAGCUCCCGAAUGGUUUACAGAACUUGUAAAAGCUCUCAGAAUAAUUAACUGGCUAGAGCUUGCAGAUCUACUUGACCCACCAGAAGAUCACUCUUCUUUAACUGCCUUUAACAUUCCAGGAGAUGUGCCACCAGCUGAAGGUUGCUUUAAAGCAUGUCCACCACAAGAACCUGAUGAAAUUAUCGAGAUUGAGCUGCGUGAUUAUCAAAAGGAGCUAUCCCAGCAUGCAGUUCAGGGGAAGAACACAGUCGUCGUUGCCCCAGCCGGCUCUGGUAAAACAGUUGUUGGGGUGUAUAUUGCAAAAAUGCACCUUGCAAAUGGCAUGAUAGCAUCAAACAAUAAACCAAAGAAGAUUGCCUUUCUAGUAAACAAGGUUCCUCUAGUGAAGCAGCAACAGGACCAAUUUAAAAAGUAUAUGAGCACAAGUAAGGUGAUUGGGGUCAGUGGUGAGACAGGCAGUACAAUGAUGGAGAUCAAAUCGUUACUUAAAGACCGAGACGUCAUCGUGAUGACUGCGCAGAUUCUAGUCAAUGCGUUAGACAACACAGACAGUAACAAACAACGGCUGGAUAUCUCUGACUUCAGUAUGAUCAUAAUGGAUGAAUGUCAUCGAUGUCAGGAGAGCAGCUUAGCUCCAAGGCCACAGAUCAUUGGCUUGACUGCUGGUCUGGGAGUCGGCCAAGCCCAGUCAUCCUACAAAGCUGAAUCGCACAUCUUAAUGCUGUGCGCCAACAUGGAUGUGGAAAAAAUAUCUAUCGUAGAAGAAAACGUGGAGGAGCUAAACAGACAUGUGAAUAUACCCACUGAAGAGACAAUCCUAGUAGCUCGUAAACAGGAUGAUAAAUUUGCUGAGGGCGUGAAUUUAAUCAUGGAAAAUAUUGAAAGAAUCAUAGCGGAGUCUGAAGGUGGCAAGCGUCUCGCGGAAUUAGAUAGAAAGGAUCUACAAUGCCCAAACACCAGGGGAACACAACCCUAUGAACAAUGGGUUGUGAAGAUGAAAAAUGCCAGUGCUACAAUUCUUACUGACAAUGACAUGAGGCGUGUUAUUGUAGCUUGUAGUAAUCACUUGAGGGAGUACACCAAUGCUUUGUACAUUAACCAUGCUGUAAGACCUAAGGAUGGACUGACAUACCUUCAGAAUUUCUUUGAUAAUGAGAGAGACAAGCAAGAUUCGUUUAAUGAUACUGAAGCCCAGUUGUUCAGGUUUUUUACAGAGAGAGAGGAGGAGUUAAAACAAAUUGUGGAAGAUCCAGAAAACCGCAAUCCUCUUCUGGACAAGUUAGGCAGCACGAUGCGCAGUGCUUACGAUAUGAAACCCGACUCUUGCGGAAUUCUUUUCACAAAGACAAGAUCAUCGACGGAAGCGCUGAAGGCAUGGAUAAAGGAGACGCCAGAACUGAAGCACUUGAAUCCUGGGAUUCUGAUUGGUGGAGGGGGUAGUGGAGGAAUGACCCAGACGCAGCAGGUUGACUUACUGCAGAUGUUCAAAGAGAACAAGCACAAGCUAAUCAUAGCAACGUCAGUUGCUGAAGAAGGUAUAGAUAUCCAAGCUUGUAACCUGGUCUUCAGGUACAAUUACUUCUCGAACACCAUUGGUCGAAUUCAAGCUAGAGGUCGAAAUCGUGCAGCCCAUGGGAGAUUCUUUCUGAUAGCAUCGGUAGACUCCGGAUUGGGCAACCAGGAGGAAAUGAACAAGAUCCGUGAAUCUAUGAUGAAUACAGCAACAAAAGCUAUCAAAGGGAUGCCCAAGGAAGAUUUCCUCAAGCAAAUUGAUGAUUAUCAACGGAGGGAUAGAGCCGAGAGGCGUAUGAAAGAAAAAGGCAAAGUGUCAAAACAGAAAGAACACAGCGGUAUUGAAGUAGAGCUGAUCUGCUUGCAGUGCGGAAAUGUGGCGUGCCGUAAUACAGACAUACGACGCAUUAAAAGUGCUCACCACGCUGUGUUUGGUGAUUUCAUGGCUGAACGGUACAAAACGGUGCCAAAUCCGAAGAAAUCCAAGCGCAUAAACGACCUAGAAUUUCUGGAGAAGGUGCAUUGUGCUAAUUGUAGUCAGGAAUGGGGUUGUAUGCUGAAGUACUGUGGUCAUUUAGCCCCGGUGUUGAAAAUCUCGUUCUUCGCUGUAAAGUAUAAUUCAGGAAAACAAGUAAAGUACAAGAAGUGGUCAGACGUACCCUUCCAUGUCCAGGAAUUUUCAAUUGAAGAUAUUGAAAAAGAAAUUAACAAAGAAAAUGUCAACAAAUUAGAUGAAGAUGUUGACCAACUAAGCUUAGAAAAAGCAUAGUAACAUGCAAAAGAAUGUGUAUGAGCACAUAGGUAACAAACAAUAUUAUAACAUUCUAGUUUUUUAAUUAUUAUUAUUAUUAUUAUUAUUAUUAUUUAUUAUUAUUAUUAUUAUUAACUGAUAAUGUACAAAAAUCUGUUGUUCAUGCAUAAGUUGUAACAUACAAAAAUGAUAUCAACAUGAGCACAUAGGAAACCAUCAAUAUUAUGACAAUUCUGGUUUUUAUUAUUGUUUUUAUUAAUGUUAUCAUUUUUAUUAUUGUUAUUGUUAUUAUUGACUUUGUGAUAAUAAUAUACAGAAAUCUCUUGUUCAUAAUGUAUGGCAUAUGCUGAAUAAUAUAACGUACAUAAUAUGUAAGUCAAAACCAUUCUACAGAUGAGAGGGUUAUAUACAUCAUUUUAGCUAAAUUUGAUAUGAAAAUUUCCAAGAACCUGGGAGACAUCCAGAGGUUUAGGCAUUUCGCUCUACGUAGUUACCAGUGUUUGUCUAUAGACGCGAUAAAAUGGUGUAUAUUCAUUUCUGUUAGUGAGUUUGUCUCUCUGUUAGCAGGAUUGUGCAAAAACUAAUGAAUGGAUCAUACAAUUUAGUGGAGUGUGGUACAUAUUGAUCUAAGGAAGAGGUGAUUAAAUUUGGGGGUUCCAAAGGUCAAGUUCACAGAAAUUUUUAGAAAAUGAUUGAAAAUUUUCCUUAAUUAUAAUGGAAUCACAUAUCUUGUACCCUGUGUAUAUUGCUUAUUCUGACACAGGGCAGAGGUAUGCAUUAAGUGACUGCUAGUUGUUCAAAUAUUUUCAUUGUAUAAAAUGUUUAGGAGCCACUGAGUAAAAAAAAAAUGUUGUGGCAAUAUAAAGAAUGUAAUCUUUUAAUAUAUUAAUUUAACUAUGUGGAAAUCUGUUUUAAAUCUAUAUUGCCAGAUUUUUUUGUUUCGAUUUAAGUUUAACAAUAUAGUAAAUAUAAAUAUAAUAACUUAUUUAAUGAGGGAUUCAGCUGAUUUUUUACAUAAGUGAAUGCAAUAUUUAGAGUAAUGUUUUAGUAAAAAUAUUGCAUAUAAUAUUAAAAAUUGUAAAAUUGUUUCUUAUUAAUCUGUAAGUGAAAUAUUAUAAAGGAUCUCAAAGAGGAAGCUUAAAGCACAACCAGAACAAGUAGAUUUCCUACUGAACAUGUUUCCCAUUGUACAAAGUGUGUUUCCCAGUAUAAAGAAUAAAUAAAGCCAUUCUGUCAUUUUACAUCUCAAUAUCUUUGUAAUAUUAUAGGUUGCCCAUACAAUCAACAUAAUAAAAUAAAGCAAAAUUUAGAGUAAUAUUUGUGUUUUA